AUGUAUCGCGCACACUCAUUUAUUUCCAUUAUUGCAGUGCUGCUAAUACAUCCAGAAUUCGCAACACUACAUUGUUCUCUUCGAACUAACGAAGCUGUUCAAAGGUGCGUACAACCGAUUGCUCAGUAUGCUAAGGUCCUUAAUCAAGAGGAUGAGCAAAACUUAUCAAAUACUGCAAAAAACGGCUUUGGUCAAGCGAUUACAUUACCAAAAAUUGGGCGAUAUGUAUUUCGCGAGCUUUGCAGAUUAGUUGGAAAUUUCAAUGAAUGCGUCUACAAGUUGCGCCAACAAUGUCCAGAACAUAUCACAAUAAGCCUCAUUGAUGCUUCCUAUGGUUUCUUAUGCAACGAAGGAUAUGAAACGUUCAUGGCAAGUGCUGAAUGUUUAGUUGAGUUAGAUCGACAGCCAACGGUAAAACAGUGCCACGAAAUUACUUUAAAACAUAUCGAAACAGCCAAUUAUCAACUUAACACAGCAACAUUAAUUCGAUUUGAUAAAAUGUGCCAGGCUCUCAAUUAUUUUGCGAGUUGUGUAGAACGACCGAUAGCAUAUGGUUGUGGUGCCGAAGCUUGGACAAUGAUAUUUCGAGUCCUCAGGGAUACAACCAAUGCCCUGUUGCCGAGAUGUCAAUUUACGGGACAUUCAAUUUUGACUGACACUUCUCCUCCCUCUCUAUCAGAAGCAUUUCCAUUCACAACUACCGUUGCUUCUAUGCAUGAUGAAAAUGAUUUAUUACGAUAUAAGGAGAUGUUAAAUGAUAAGGCAGAAAUUAUUUGGUCCAAUGAAGAUGUAACAACAAGUUCAAUAUCUGAAAUGGAUAGCAAUAACAGCGAAAAGUUUGCUGAAGAAUUACCAUCCGAUCAUGAUGCUGAUCUAAGAAGAAGUGCACUAAAUGGUCAAGGUGAAAGGCCAAGAAGUGAAAUUAGUGGACAUGUUUUUAUUGAUAGGGAUACUGAUAUUAGUUAUUAUGAUAAUAGCAAUGAUAAUAUUGAGGAAGGUGCUAGCAGAAGCAGCUUUUUGGAAGCUAACUCGGCCAAUCCUUCCCAUCUUGUCGUUAUUAUGCUUGCGCAAUUUGUAUCUCUUGGUUGGCUCAUUUUCAUAUUUUGCUAA